AUGACUCAGCGAAAUGGCAAGAAAAGGCCUCGUUUCGACCCAACUGAACUUGGCCUGCCGUCCGAGUUUUUUCUCACAGACUACACGCGCCUAAAGGGCUGUAGUUGUAAGCUGCCGCAGCCCAAGUUGCUUUCGUUGCUCCAAGCGGUGUCCACGACGCCGGGGCAGAAGGACGUUGGUAUGGACUGUAGCAUUGUCAAGUUGCAUCAGAAGAAUGAACAUGGAAAGGAUCUUUUUAUGGUGUCAACAACGGAUUUCUUUUUCCCAAGCGUAGAGGAUCCCUACCUGCAGGGACAGAUUGGCGCUGCCAAUGUGCUUUCGGACCUCUACAGCUUGGGGGUCGAUCGCUGCGACACCGUUUUAAUGCAGCUAGCGGCAAGUACUGACAUGGACGAAGUGGAACGUGAGGUGAGCACACGGGAAAUGAUGAAAGGCUUUGUUGACCACGUUCGCUUGGCUGGAUCGGAUGUGACAGGUGGUCAGACAGUCAUGAACCCCUGGCCACUCAUUGGUGGCACCGCAACUAGUGUUGUGGAGGAGUCAGAGAUGGUGCGGCCAACAGGACUGCGCCCCGGCGACGUGCUCGUGUUGACGAAGCCGCUCGGCAAUCAAAUAGCAGUGAACCUCAAGCAGUGGCUGCAUCGUCCAUCGCCUCUCUUCGAAGACACGAUUCAGGGGAAGAUGUCAGCCGAGGAAAUCGAAGAGCUGUACAACAAGGCAGUUGAAAGUAUGCGGCGGCUCAAUCGCGCUGCGGCUACGUUGAUGCGCCAACACGGUGCACGUGGCGCGACGGACAUCACUGGGUUCGGCAUCCUUGGCCACGCCAAGAACCUCGGGGCGGCGCAGGAGGCGGAUGUGUGUCUCGUGCUGGAGACGCUCCCCAUCUACGCGGGGGCCGUGAAGGCGUCACGGCUCAUGUCGGACAAGUACCGCCUGUUUGAGGGAUACUCAGCGGAGACAAGCGGUGGUUUGCUCGUUGCAUUUAGCGCUCGCGAGACAGCGGAGCGGUUCAUGAAGGAGCUGGGCGAGGCGGAUGGAGAGCCGGCGUGGAUUGUUGGGAAGGUGGAGGCGAGGAAUAGUAGUACCUCACCAUACGCGAUGCUGCAAGAAGGAUAUGGCAUUUUUGAGGUGUGA